AUGUGGCUGGACAGCAAAGCCAACGUGCCCCCUUGGAUGCCCUCUGCUGGAGGCCGGCCCGGCGAGCGGGGCCGCCGGACGCGGAAGCGGAGCCGCUCACGUGGGCUGCGGGCCGGGGUGCUCGGGGCCUGGGGGCAGCAGAGUGAGGGGCCGUGGGGGGCGGGAUUCCCGGCGCCUGUGCCGGGGGGUGACCUCGCGGCCACGGCGCUGUUCGUGGUAGCGGAGAGCUGGCGUCGCUCUGGGGCCCUGCUCGCGCGUCCCUGCUCGCAGUGGACACGCGGCGGCCAGCGGCCCGGCGGCCAGGAGCUGCGCCGCCUGCUCCAGGAUGAGCUGGCGCCGGCCCCACCGGCGUCCGGGCGGCUGGAGCUGCUGUACGGCCUGUCCCCGUGUCUGCUGGCGCUGCGGGCCGCCCGCCGCCACGUGACCCGGCUCCUGCUCCAGGCCGGCCGGUCGGGGCUUCAGGGCGAUCGGGCCGAGCUGCUGCGGGAGGCCGAGGCGCGGAACAUCCCGGUGCUGCGGCCCCGGAGGCAGAAGCUGGACGCCCUGUGUCACCACCAGGUGCACCAGGGCGUGUGCAUGGAGGUGAGCCCGCUGCAGCCCGAGCCCUGGACCGAGGCCAGGGACACGAAACCCCAGGACGCCCUCCAGCAGCUGUGGCUCGUCCUCGAGGGGCUCCAGGAUCCCAGAAAUCUGGGGGCCGUGCUGCGCUCAGCUUACUUCCUAGGAGUCGAUAAGAUCAUCACCAGCCGGAGAAACAGCUGCCCGCUCACUCCCGUGGUCAGCAAGGCCAGUGCAGGGGCAAUGGAGGUGAUGGCGGUGUUCUCCACCGACGACCUGGCCGGCUUCUUACAGACUAAAGCACGGCAGGGCUGGCUCGUAGCUGGCACAGUGGGCUGCACCCCGGACUCCUCCCACCACCCCGAGGUCCCCGUCACCAGCUGCUUGGAGUUCCAGUGGGACCAGCCAACCCUCCUGGUGCUAGGGAACGAGGGCGCUGGGCUGUCCCCAGAGGCACAAGCUUCCUGCCAGGUGCUCCUCACUGUCCUGCCAGGCCGCCAGCUGACCCCUGGCUUGGAGUCUCUGAAUGUCUCAGUGGCCGCUGGAAUUCUGCUUCACUCCAUCUGCAGCCAGAGAAAGGGGCAGAGAGGGAGACCGGCCCAAGACUCCCCAGAACCCUCGGCCACUCUGAAGGGCCCCGAGUAGCCUGGCCCGGGGCUGCCUCUAGGGUCAGCA